AUGCCUAACCAACUUCUUGCCGACUGUUUAAAUGAAGUAUCUGAACAUUUGGAAGAUGAUAAAACUUCACUACAUUCGUGCUUGUUGGUCAAUCGACUUUGGUGUAUGGUUUCAGCUCGAAUUUUAUGGAAAACAUUUUGGAAUUUUAACAUGGAAAAUUUUCUUGGACACGGUCAGCAAAACUUUUACAAUAAAUAUAUAGUGUUAACGCGAGAAAUCUUCAAAAUGCUUAUGAGUCAAAGUUACCUUGAAGGAGCUAGAGGUUACAUUCAAGUACAUUCCAAUCACUCGUUAUGCUGGAGCGAUCGAUUCUUUAAAAAUCUUAGCUGA